GCUCUCGGCCGCUGGGGUUAAUAUUGAUAUGGAAACACAGACACUGCUACGAACAAACUUGACCCUGCAGGAACGACUUAAGGAUUCUGAAGCAGCAUUCUUGCUUGAACAGGACAAGGCUGAUACUGCAGCCAGAGAAGCUGAUACUGCUAAAGCAGCGUGGCAGUGCCGGAUAUGUUUGAGUGCUGAAGUAGAUGUUACACUUGUUCCUUGUGGGCAUGUGCUUUGUCGCAGAUGCUCCUCUGCUGUUUCUAAGUGUCCCUUCUGCCGUCUCCAGGUUUCAAAGACAUUGAGGAUCUUUCGGCCAUGAUAAUCUUGAUUGCUUCAACACACUUGGUUUUUGUUUUCUCUGGUACUCACUACGGAACUUUACCUUCACCCCCAUCACCUUGUAUGAGAUAAAGAGAUAGGUGACGAUAAAGAAUCAGAUAUGG